AUGUCAGAUCAAAACGUUCAUAAUAUCGUCAAUGGAAUUCGAUUCAUUGGUGAAGACGAUCAUGAGGAAUUGGAUAUCGAAAGAAUAAAAUUCAUUAUGAAGCAUACACCAACACCACCAAUCUCUGAAUAUCAAUUCCAAGAACUUACUGAAGAAGUUAUCAUUACUAAAAGAAAUAAAGAGAGAAUAGGUGAUUGUACUAUCUGUGUUAAUGAAUUCCCACUUGAUACAGAAGCAAUCAAACUUCCAUGUAAACAUUACUAUCACUUUGAUUGUAUAACACAAUGGUUAAAGAUGCAUUCAAACUGUCCAAACUGUAGAACCCAACUACCAACAAACAACAGUGAAUACGAUGCAUACUCAAGAAUACUAGCAGAGCACGAAAAGAAAGAGAGGGAAGGCAUCAACGAAGAUGAAGAUAGAUCAAUGAGAAGACAAACUAAAAACAGUGGAAUGUUCUCAUGA